AUGACCUCCUCUCAUAUCUGCCGGACUCCACCAUUCCAGAACAAGCUGCAGAUGUCAAGUGAGGGGUUAUGCAGAUUACCAGGGUUCUUCUACAUCACCAACUUCGGACUCUCGCCGGAAGAAAUUGACCGCCAAUUCGCCAUCGGCCAAGAACUCUUCGAGCUUCCCGAGUCCGAGAAACUGAAACACCGCGCCGACCUCGAAGCCGGCAACUACAACGGCUACCGACCACUGGGAGCAAUCGAGAUCCUGCCAGGCCUACGCGACAACAUCGAACUGUACAAUGUAUUCAAGUUCAUCCCGAGGUACGCACGGUCACACCCGGAAGUGAUCCUGCGACAUCACGAGGAGAUCGAGCGGUUCCACCGGUUCAUCUACGACCACAUCGUCACGAAGCUCUUCCGGCUGAUCGCCAUCCUCCUCGAGUUGCCGGAGGAUUAUCUGGUGCGUGGCCAUCCGUAUGACGGGCCCAGUGACUGCCACCUCCGGUACAUGAUCUACCGGGCACGCAGCGCUGAGGAGAACGCGCGGCAUCAGAAUCUCUGGUCGCGCGGACAUACGGAUUUCGGGAGCUUGACGUUGUUGUUCCGACAGCCUGUUGCGGCCUUGCAGGUGAAGACGCCUGAGGGCGCUUGGAAAUAUGUGAAGCCGUAUCCGAAUAGUAUCACCGUGAAUAUCGCGGAUGCGUUGCAGUUCUGGACCAAUGGGUAUCUGAAGAGCAGCGUCCAUCGGGUGAUCGCGCCACCCCCUGACCAGGCCCAUAUCGAUCGACUGGGUGUCUUGUAUUUUGUUAGGCCAGGUGAUGGGCUGGAUCUGAAGACGGUCGAUAGUCCUUUGCUGAGACGUUUGGGGUUCAAAACGGAUGGAGAUGAUGAGGCGCAGGUAUCCGCUGGGGAGUGGGUGAGGGCGAGAGUGAAGAGGAACUGGGAUAAACCUCCAAAGGCGAAUGAUGAGAAUAUUGAGCUUGGUGGUGUGAAGACCACGGUCUUUCAUGAAUGA